CUUUCUCUCUCUCUCUUUCUCUGUGUUACGCAGACUGGGGGAAAGCUGCGCCUUUCUUCUUCCAGACACACUCUCCCGUUACGCACAGGCGCGCACACAAGACGCCGCGGCGUAUAUGGAAAAGAAAAAGAAAGAAGGAACAGUUCCAAGUCCAAAGGAGCGCCUUUUUGCCUGUAAUUUAUCCAGAUUAAUAUAUUUAUUUAUUUGUUAAUUUAUUUGCCCGUCCACAGAAAUCCUUUGUUUUUCGGGCAGAGAGCAGCAAAAGGAGGAUUUAAGAUGCCAGGUCUCUGAAAAGGCAUCGGUUCCUUUCCCCCAAUUUUUUUUCUUCUUCUUCUUCUCCGGGAAAGGAGUGCGCACGGAAGAUGGGGGCAAAAACUACUCAAACCAAAGGGAGUAUAUUCUCCGCGGCGACGCGUUUGCUGCUUUUUGUGGCACUUUUGCCAAGCGCCACCGGCAUCACUCUGAAAUACAAAGUUUACGAGGAGCAGAAAGUGGGCACGGUUGUUGCGCGGUUAAAGGAGGACGUCGCCGGGAUUUUAUCCAAGCUGCCGGGUUCCUUGACCUUUCGGUUCCGUGCCAUGCAGCAGGGGAGUACGUCGUUCCUGUCCGUCCGGGAGGAGGACGGCGAGAUCAGCAUCGGCACCAGAAUCGACCGAGAGAAGCUUUGCGACAAAAACUUGAACUGCUCGAUCGAAUUCGACGUGGUCACGUUACCCACGGAGUAUUUGCAGCUGUUCCAUGUGGAGGUGGAGGUCUUGGACAUAAACGACAACUCCCCGCACUUCUCCCGCGCUAUAGUCCCGAUAGAGAUCUCAGAGAGCGCGUCCAUCGGGACGCGCAUUCCGCUGGACGGCGCCAUGGACGCAGACGUCGGAGAGAAUUCCCUGGACACGUACUCUUUGACGCCCAAUAACUUCUUCAGGAUCGACGUGAGGACCAGGACGGACGGGGCCAAGUACGCGGAGCUGGUGGUGAUGAGGGAGCUGGACCGUGAGGUCCAGUCCGGAUACCAGCUCCAGCUCACAGCUUCUGACAACGGCGUGCCCCACAAGUCAGGGUCCACUUUGCUCAAAAUAAGUAUCUCGGACUCCAACGACAACAGCCCCGAGUUCGAAGAGCAGGCCUAUGUCAUAAAUUUGUCGGAAAACUCCCCCCUCGGAACCCUACUCAUUGAUUUGAACGCCACAGAUCCAGAUGAGGGCACCAACGGAAAAAUUGUCUACUCAUUCAGCAGCCAUGUCUCCCCAAAGAUAUUAGAAACCUUCAAGAUAAACCCAGAAAAUGGGCAUAUUACGCUGAUUCAAAAGGUGGAUUAUGAAACCGCUCCAUUGUAUGAGCUGGACGUUAAGGCUCAGGAUUUAGGUCCAAACUCCAUUCCUGGACUCUGCAAAAUUGUGGUGAAAGUGAUCGAUGUGAACGACAACAAACCGGAGAUCAAUAUCAACCUGAUGACACCCGGCAAAGAAGAGGUGGCCUAUGUUUCCGAGGGGGCCCCGGUGGAUACCUUCAUAGCUCUGCUGCGCGUUGACGACAUGGACGCGGGACUCAAUGGAGAGGUGAUCUGCAGGCUGCACGGCCAUGGCCAUUUCAGGCUCCAGAAGACUCACGAGAAGAAUUACAUGAUCCUCACCAACGUGUCGCUGGAUAGGGAGAAAAGGUCCGAGUACAGCCUGACAGUCAUAGCUGAGGAUAGGGGCUCCCCCAGUCUCUCCACCAUCAAACAUUUCACUGUCAAAGUGCUGGAUGAGAAUGAUAACCCUCCCCGUUUUGAGAAAAGCCGCUACGAGGUCUUUAAAUCUGAAAACAACUCUCCUGGAGCCUACCUCAUGACCGUGGUGGCUUCGGAUCCAGAUCUGGGCACCAAUGGUCAGGUGACGUACACGGUCAUUGACUCUUUGGUUCAGGAGAGCCCUAUUUCUACCUACGUCACCAUUGACCUCUCCACCGGUGCCAUUUACGCCCUGCGCAGUUUUGACCACGAGGACGUGAGCCGGAUCGUCUUCACCGUCCAGGCCCGCGACGGGGGGAACCCCGCUCUGUCGGCCAACACCACGGUCCUGCUAACCGUUCUGGAUGAAAACGACAACGCCCCGGUCAUCCACUCGCCUCCCCUUCGGAACCACACGGCCGAGCUGCCCGUCUGGAGGCACGCGUCGCCCGGUCAGCUGAUCACCACGCUCAAAGUCGGGGAUCGGGACUCCGGCGCCAACGGGGAAGUGAGCUGCGCGAUCAUCGGCGGCAACGAGGACGGGCUCUUCGUCAUGGACGCCCGUCGGUGCGAACUCCGAACCAACGCCAGCCUGGAGGAGUUUCAAAGGGACAUGUUGGAGAUCAGGGUGGAAGUCCAAGACAGGGGUACCAGUCGUUUGACCACAGGAGCCCUGUUCAGGCUCUCUCUGCAGGAGGAUAUGGACAUCCUCCCUCCGCUCUAUCCCACCGGCUCCAGCCAGGCCUCCCUAGAUCUCUCCCUCAUCGUCAUCAUAUCCCUCGGCGUUGUUUGCACCCUGCUGCUCAUCGUGAUGGUGAUGUUCGCCACGGCCCGCUGCAGCCGUGAGAAGAACGACCCCCGACACAACUACAACUGCCGCGUGGCAGAGAGCAGCUACCAAAACCACCCGAAAAAGCCCGCCAGGCAGAUCCACAAGGCCGAUAUCACCUUGGUCCCAAGCGUCAAUGGAACCCUACCCAUCCGCUCACACCCACACUCGCCCCUGCCUUCGCCCACAGCUGAGAGAGGCACUCUUGGGAGCAGGCAAAGCCAACACAGCCGUCAGUCCCUCAACAGCCUGGUCACUAUCUCCUCUAAUCUUGUGACGGAGAACUUUGCCCUGGAGUUGGCCCACGCCACCCCACCUGUAGAGCAAGUCUCACAGCUUCUGUCCAUGCUCCAUCAGGGCCAGUACCAGCCACGACCAAGCUUCAGAGGCAAUAAAUAUACCAGGAGCUACAGAUAUGCUCUGAAUGAGAUGGAUAAAUUCAGUCUAAAGGAUAGUGGUCGGGGAGACAGUGAAGCCGGCGAUAGCGACUACGAACCUGGCAGGGAGUCACCAAUGGACAGGCUCCUUGGUGAGGGAUUUGCUGAACUUCAUGCCCCCGAUGGCCGUCAGAGACCACAAACAGCUAUGAGGUUCUGCACAGAGGAGUGUCGCGUCCUGGGUCACUCAGACCAGUGCUGGAUGCCCCCCCUGGCCGCGGCGGCCUCCUCUUCUUCCGCCGACUACCGCAGCAACCUGUACAUUCCGGGCGAAGAAGCCCACCAAACCAUCGACAUUUCCGAGGAAAAGAUCCCCCAGCCGUGCUCCGACAUGUGCGCCGUCCGGAACCAGAGCUUCUCCACCUUCGGCAAGGACCCCGGCGGGGUGGACGGCGAAGAAGAAGACGGGGGGGAGGGGAAUUCCAAUGAGAACAGAGAUGAAGACCUGUGUGGGACCACCUCAUUGCUGACCGAGAUGAGCAGUGUGUUCCAGAGGUUGCUACCACAAGGUAUGGACUCUUACGUGACUUCUAACGAGAACCAAAGAGGGACUAGCCUGAGUGGGGUGAGCGUGCCCAUGACCGGUUCUCUAGAUCGCAGGAGGGGUCACCUACCGGGCAAGCCCAGCCCGUCCGUCCAUCACCAGGGUGUGGCGGCCUGGGCGGCCAACACCCACUUUCAGAACCCGGGAAGUAGCAUCGGCCCGUCCGGCCAGCAACCGUGCGGGAGCUACCACACCCUAAAACCCAACACGAAGCUAAGCUCCCAGAGUAACGGUCAUAAAGGGUUACAGGCGCCCAAACCCUGCCCCCAGACCAGCAACCACACCCCGAAACUGCACAGCAGCCCUCUGCUCACAGCACUGGUCAGCACCACGCAAGGGCAGCCUCCCCCGGUCCCGAUUCCGAUCAACGGAUCCUGCUCCAAGUGGCUACCCGCCAUGGAGGAGAUCCCGGAGAACUACGAGGAGGACGAUCUGGACUCGGUGCUCAGCCACCUCCAGGGGAAACGGAGCGACAGCAGACACGAGCUGGUGGACGCCAGCGAACUGGUGGCCGAGAUCAACAAGCUCCUGCAGGACGUGAGGCAGAGCUAGACCGCCGACGCGUUUUUAUUUAUUACCGUACGCUCACUUUCGCUUUCUUUUCUGCUGGAUACAAGCGAGAGCAAGUGAGCGUAGGAAAAGACUGAAGCGAGGAAAAAAAAAAGACCUGCAAUUGUCAUUAAAUUUGCAUUUCAAUUGAAAUAAUUGUGUUUUGUGAAUGCUAAGUAUCCCAAAUAAAGUUUAUUAAUUGUUAGUUUGGUACACACUGUACACUUUGUGACUGUAUUUAUCCUUGUAUUUUAAAAAUACAUUUGUAUACUUAUAUUUAUAAAAAAGAAGUGUAUAUAAAUUUAAUCAAAAGUCUAUUUUUAUAUUUGAGUGCAUGUUAAAAACAAAAAUGCUGAAUCAAGGCUUUGACAUGCGAUUGACAUUCUGCAUAUUUAAACUGUCUUUUGUUAUGUGAAUUUUUGUUGUCUCUCUUAUUCUGUAUGCAUACAUGAAUAUAUUAAUUAUUGGACACUUGUAUUUGUGAUUUAUCGGGGGAAAGGGGUGGCAUGUAUAAAA